AUGGCUCAAACAGAAUACAAGUUCGAAGGAUGGAUGGGUCUCGACGCCAACUCCGGCGAGGGCAACAUGGUCUGGCAAGAAUUCCAACCUAAGACCUGGGAAGAGACCGAUAUCGAUAUCAAGAUCUCUCACUGCGGUAUCUGUGGCUCGGAUCUGCACACCCUUCGCAGCGGCUGGCGCCCUGCCACAUACCCCUGCUGCGUCGGCCACGAAAUCGUAGGCACAGCCGUACGCGUAGGCACCGAAGUCCCCGAUAUCAAGAUCGGAGACCGAGUCGGUGUCGGCGCGCAGAGCGACUCGUGCCGCAACCGCUUUGGAAAAUGCGAAGAGUGCGCCGCCGGAAAGGAGAAUUACUGUAGCCAGAAGGUUGUCGGCACCUACAACGCUCUCCAUUACAAUAACGAGAAGUCGUACGGUGGAUACGCGACGUAUAACCGUGUGCCAGGACACUUUGCGAUCAAGAUCCCUGAUGGGAUUUCGUCUGCGGAGGCUGCGCCUAUGUUGUGUGGUGGUGCUACGCUUUACAGUCCGUUGAAGUUCAAUGGGUGUGGGCCUGGCAAGAAGGUUGGAAUUAUUGGUGUUGGUGGACUUGGACACUUUGGUGUUUUGUUCGCUAAGGCUAUGGGGGCUGAUAAGGUUGUUGCUAUUUCGAGGAAGAUUGGGAAGAAGGAGGAUUCGUUGAAGAUGGGGGCUGAUCUUUAUAUCGCUACUGAUGAUGAGCCUGAGUGGGCUGCUGAGAAUUCGCGGUCUUUGGAUUUGAUUGUUUCGACUGUUUCUUCUACUAAGAUGCCCUUCAACGACUACUUGGGUCUGUUGAAGACUGGUGGUGCUUUCGUUCAGGUUGGUCUGCCCGAGGACGGUGGUCUGUUUGCACCUGUGCGCAGCUUGAUGCGCCAAAUCAGCCUUCAGAGCUCGCUUGUUGCCAGCCCUUCUGAGAUCCGGGAGAUGCUGGAGCUCGUUGCUGAGAAGGAUAUUCACCCUUGGAUUGAGGAGAUCCCCAUGAAGUAUGCCAACCAGGCGAUUGUUGACAUGGAGGAUGGUAAGGCACGCUACCGUUACGUGCUUGCCAACGAGUAA